UUGAACCUGUUAUAAAUUACUCUCUUUUAUGUUAAAGGCAUUUAAAAGGAUUACACACGCAGCAACAAGGCAAUGCUAGUAAAAUACGUUCAAAUGAUUUGUGUGAAUGUUUUCCAAAACACUGUUUAAAGAUUUUGAGUUUUAUGAUUCUUCAGUAUAAGUACUGAGUAAUCACAAACUCGCAAAGUAUAAAUACGAUCUGUAAGUGCAGGAGAAAAAAAGAAACAAGACCUCCUUUUUCGGUGUAAGUUUUGAUCAAGCAAUCUAUGAACUUCGUAGUCGUGACCCUUGAUUGACAUAAUUCAAAAGUUGCACAUACAUCAUUGGUCACAUGAACAUCUCAACAGUUUUUCAUUGUAAAAAUAUACAUUAGUUUUCAUAUAUCGUAUUUAUAACAUUUGAUAUAAUUUAAUUUUUUAUUGUGUUUUUUUGUUCUUGUGAAAUGACGCUGAGGGCGGUGUCAUUGAGAUCGUUUAAGCUAGAUAAAGUAGAACUGACAAGAUCAUUACUCUCCCUCCGUUCUGAGGAUGGGAAACCAGGGAAACCAUUAGACUUCGAUGAAUUUAUAGGAACAUCAUGCAAACACUUCGACUGCCCGAUUUCUGUAACUGUCGGAAAAGAAAUCAAUCGAGAUGCCGUAUCUAAAAGUGGAAAGAAAUAUGAAUCAAAAUCAAAAUUCAAACGCAAGAGUAUCAUCCCUCAGUUGACAGAUAUAGUAACUUCCGAUGAUGAUACCAGGACAGAGAAGUCGCUAGUACUCGAUGAUCACACUUUACUUGUCAUGACGUAUUACGAUCAUUUGAAUCGACUGACAGAAAUACAUAUGAACAAAUAUCAGUACCAUGCUAUUCCGUGGGUUCUCAUGCGACUCAUAGCGUUGAUAGCUCCCUUCAAUAAAAAUCUGCAAAAGUUUGUAAUAAAGGGUUGUAAGGUUGAUAUGUACACCAUUCAUGAAUUGAGUAAGUUGCUUCCCCUUACUAAUAUAACCGAAGUUUGUCUCGAUCAAUCACCUCUUCGAGAAGGCAACUACGACGUUCUUCUAUGCGACACAUCUUCUAUACGAAGUCUAUCGCUAGCUAGGUGCAAUAUAAAUGAUAUUGUGUGUGAACGUAUUGCCGCAAGACUGAAAUACUUAGAGCCUGCUGAAAAUACACUGGUUACUCUAAAUCUGUCUACCAACUACAUAACGGACGUCGGAGCUGAACAUUUAGGAGCUGCCCUCAGAACUAAUAGACAUUUGCGGUAUUUGAACGUAGCGGGCAAUCAAAUAACUGACGUCGGUGCAAACUUCAUCUUUGAAGUACUUAAACAAUUUCCUUUGACCUCAGAAGAAAUAAUAGCCAAGCGUAAGCGACUUGCGGAUUAUUUGAAUAAAAAACAAGAACUUAUCCACAGAGGUCUUUGUGAAUUCAAACUGGAAGAUCAUACUUCAAAAAAGUCAUCGAAAAGAUCAGCGCCUUCGAGGGGUCACAGUGCUAGAAAAGAAAAAGUGAGAGAGAGUUUGUCAGACGAAGGGAUGAAGGCGAAGGUGGAAAUAAUGGUUGCAGAUAUGAUGGGGCCCUUCGAAGACCCUUUUGGCGUUGAAACAACUAAGGUGUUGAAUGGGCAUUGCUUCAGUGUAGGUAACUUAGUGCUUUGCUAUUUAAACUUGGCUUACAACAACUUAACUUUCGCAAGCAUUCAGCAGCUGAUCUCUUUGUUAUCAUACCAGCAGAGAACAAAAACAGCUCGUCUGUGUGGGCUUCUAAAUAUCAUUGUGGAAGGUAAUUAUUUGCCUGAGGAAUGUAAGGAAUUGAAGGAUCUGAGUAUCUUGCUCAAAAAUAUCCAGUGUUUUGGUGGUCGAUCUUUGACAGACAAGAUGUCAAACAAGAAGAAAUCAACUGUUAUUAUAUCCAACCAAGAGAAAGCACUCAGUGAAUAAGAGAAUGAGAGGGGAAAUGAGAUCGUGAUGAGCCUGGUGCCUAUUAUGACAUUGAGCUUUUUUUAAGUGACUUUUCACUGAGAUCAUUUGGUACGCGACUUCUAAGCCCUUGAAGUUUGUAUGUAUAUAAUUAUCGGCGGGUAUCGGAAACUGGUGUACCCUUGAAGAAGAAUAAGGAACAUCCCAAAACAAUAGUGCGUACAGUUGCUUAUUCGUUUAUUGGAUUACAAUUGUGUAUUUACAAAAAGUGACAUUAACGUCUAAGCUUUUACAUGUCUACGUUAACGUAGUUAUCAGGUUUUUUUUUACAUUUAUUUUUUCUUAAUAACGAAUACUAGUUUUGGUAACUUUCGUUUUGAACUACACUCAAGGAACUCUUUUAAGUCUAAUUUUGAUUUCACAUUUUUUUUGUUUUAUCUACUAAAGUUAAACAUUAAAAACAAACUAUCACGGAUAUAACAACUAAAGAUAUUAUUUCUUAUGAUUAUACACCUACUUAUAGUUUAAACAAGUCAGCACCAACUUUUUCGUUUGUCAAAAUUGUGCUUAAUACUGGCUCCCGUUAUUAGGGUAUUUAUUCCUAAUUAUUCGGGUAUGUACUUACAACUACGUAUCUAUGUUUAUGUAAUAUCGAAUCCAAAUAUAAUCAGGUACACGUAGGC